UCACCGAUUCAAUGGCGGCUUCUACUUCUCUUGAGCUUGUUAUGGCAACUUGCUUGGAUACGCAGUUCAUCUUCCAUGAGAUCAUUCGCGUGCUGCACGAAGAUCACCACAUCAAUUUCGUGCACUCAGGGCUUAUAGCCAAGCUCAUGGACAAGCUAUUGAUCCUUGACGAUCUCAUAGAGAAGUUGCAGUUUUCAGAAGGAGAAAGAGGAGACAAAGCUGAUGAGAAAUUGAAAUGGUUACAUCUAAUGCAAGAUGUUGUUCGUUUGGAAGAACAUCAUCUUUUGCAGAAAAAUUCUAUGAGUUUGCAGAAGCUACUGAAGCGUUUCAAGUCUCAAAUAUGUCAAAUCCUUUACUUCAUUCUCAUGAAGGGAAAGAAGGAUAAUGUUGUCCUUGCCCUUGCCAUUGGCAAAGCAGAAGACCUUCAUACUCUGCCAGAAUUACCUUUAUCUUAUGUCAAAGAUUGCUUAUAUGGCAGAGGUGAAGAAGAGAAGUAUAUGCUGAAAAGCCUACUAUCAUCAAGUGAACAGCAAAAACAGAUCAAGGUGAUUAGCAUAGUGGGAAAAUCCGGGGUAGGCAAGACUUCAUUGGCUGAUGUUGUUUACUUCAACCCCAAGGUUUUGGAGUGUUUUGAUCUUAGAGCUUGGGUUACUUUUCCCCACAAAGUCACUGCUACCUUCGUUGCAAAGAAAAUUCUUGAGGAACUAGUUACUGAUGAUGAUGGGGAAGAGGAGCUUGUUCCCGGUGAUGAUUUUGAUAACUUGAAGAAGAGAUUUGCUGGGAAGAAACUUCUGCUGGUAUUAGAUGAUAUUAUGGUUGAAGAUGAUGGCUUGCACAAGUGGGACAUGUUAAUUGCUUCCCUUGAAUCUGCAGCAGCAAGAGGGAGUGCCAUAAUGCUAACCUCUAUUCCCCAUGACAAUCCAGAACUACUCAUGAUACCUGCUUGUCAUACUGUGCAUCUUGAUUCGCUGUCAGCGGAGGAUGCGCUGUCAGUCUUCUUGGUGCAUGCUUCUUCUGGGCAGACGGACCUUCACGAACACCCUGGGGAGUUAGCAGCAGUUGGCAAGGAAAUCGUUGGAAAAUUGGGAAACCUUCCCUUGGCUGCAAAAAUGAUAGGGAGCCUCUUUCAAGAUAAGCGAAAUCCGGAUCAAUGGGUUGAGAUAUUGAGGAGUGAAUUUCUGGAUGCAGGCCAUGCAAAUCUCAUCCCAAUUCCUCCAUUUCUAGUACUAUGCUACCUUGAUCUCCCUGCGCGGAUCAAACAAUGCUUUCUUCAUUUGUCACUAUUUCCAAAGGGUUAUCAAUUAAAGCGGAAGCAGGUGGUCAACUUGUGGAUAGCCGAGGGCUUUGUGGAAAUCCCUGAUUUUCAAUCAAGUUUUAAGAGCUCUGAAGACAUUGGUAAUGCAUACUUCAGUUAUCUAGUAAUGAGGUCAUUUUUGCAGCCCGUUCGGUCUAGUGUUAGUUUUAUAAUGCAUAAUCUGGUUCAUGACUUAGCAACCUACAUGGUAGAGAAGUUAAACGAUUGCCAUUUAUCCUCUAAUCAAAGCACAGACGGAAUAAGCAAUUUGAUAAACUUGCUCCACCUUGAUAUGAAAGGUAGCAGUGUGCAAGGAAUGCCUUUGAAAUUUCCUGAAUUUACAAGAUUAGAAAAGUUAGCAAGGAUGGAAGAAACUACUAGGAGUGAGUUUGAAGAAAUUCCUGACGAAGCAAAGAUGGAAACUGAAUCCAUAAGAAGGAGAUUGCCACUUCAUUUGUCAGCCUCAGAUAUACCCAGUUUGAAGAGAACUGAUAUUCCCAGUUUUGAACAGCAAAUAGACCCAAAAUCUUCAAUGGCUAAAGCUGAGAUUCCAGCGAGCAUAAAACAAGAAGCUGUCCUUCCUCUUAUGGAUACACCUAACACAACUGCUCCUGUCAAGGUAGAAGCUUUAACCAGAGAAGAUUUGGAUGAUGACAAACCAUCCUUCAAAGUAUUAAGGGUUUCAACUAUAUCACAAUUCAAGUCCUUGCCUGCCAAUCUGCACAGCCUAAAAAUUGAAGGGUGUGAAUCCUUGGAGGUCGUUCCAGAUGAUUUAUUAGGGGGAAUAACUACUCUUAAGCAGUUGUAUCUAAUCAGUUGUUCUUCUCUUAGAUCCUUUCCUUACCCCGGUUCCUUGACAUCACUUUACAUCCGUAACUGCAGAAGAUUGGAAUUUCUCCCAUCUGCAGUAUCAAGAAAGAGGCUUCCCUUUCUCCAUCAUUUGUCCAUAGGGAGUAGCUGUGAUUCUGUCACUACCUUGCCCUUAAAUAUCUUUUGUCAACUCAAAAGUCUUUGUAUAUGGGAUUGCCUCAAUCUUGGAUCGUUUCAUUUUACUGGGGAACCUAGAGGUGAUCUUACAUCUCUGGAGUCACUAGAGAUUAGAGAGUGCCCAAUAUUGGAAUCUUUCCCAGAGGAAGGGCUGCAUGCUCCAAGGCUAGCAUCCAUUUUACUUUCCAACUGCAAGAAUCUUAAAAAAUUGCCAAAUGCUAUGAACUCUCUCGUAUCACUCAAGUCAUUAUUUUUACAUAGAUGUCCACAGAUUGAAUCUUUUCCGCUUGGGGGAUUGCCUUCCAAUUUGGUUUUUCUAUCCAUAGCUUACUGUGACAAACUUACACCACAAAAAGAUUGGGGGCUGUACAGUCUUGAGUGUCUCAGUUAUUUUGAGCUUGAAGGUGGAUGCAUAGGCAUGGAAUCAUUUCCAGAGGAGAAUUUACUACCUUGCAAUAUCAUCUCUUUACACAUAAGCACAUUGAAGAGUCUCAAGAUUCUGGACUGCAAGGGGUUUCAACACCUGAAUGCUCUUCAGACACUUGAAAUUCAUUGCUGUGACAUGCUUCAAUCCUUGUCCAAUCACGGGCUUCCUUCGUCCCUGGAGAAA